AUGUUUGCAAGUCUUACGGGAAUUUCGGCCAAGUUUUUGGUUGUAAUUUAUGGCAUUUUCUAUGGGCAAAAAUGGUUGGAACUGGAGGAAGAUCAGUUUUAUCUGAUGUUGAAUGUGGUAGGUGAUUUUUGUAUUGAUCAGUAUGUAGGUUCAGUAAGAAAUUUGCAGUUUUGGAAUUUUGAUAGUGCAUUUUUCCCAUGGUUUUUCUUGGCCAAACAUCAACCACUUUUGAAGUUUUUUGGAUUUUCAAAAAAGAAAUCGGAAAGUGUUAUAAAUGUUGUGGAAAAUCAGAAUGAUUAUUUCAAAAAUCUACAAAUGACUUGGGGCUAA